AUGGCUAACAUUAUUGUCUGUAACAAUCUGAGCUUCAGUGAUGAAGAAUUUCCUGAGAAGGGGAGGAACCAAUGUCUGGCUCUGUGCAUUUCCAUGAACUGUCAAGAAGAUGUUUUAUCCAAUGUGUUGGUUAACACAAUCUCUUCUAUGAAUGUUAUUCCAAAGUCUACUUUGUCUAAAUUCUCUUAUCAAGGUGCUCCGAUGAGGUUUAACGGGUUUGUUGUGAAAGCCAUUGAUGGAUUAAAGAAGAUUGUGAUUGGAGAGGUUGAUCUCCCGAUGAAGAUAGGUCCGUGCUUAAUUCAGAUUACGUUUCAGGUAAUGGAUAUUCAUCCCGCCUAUAGUUGUCUCCUGGGUCGUCCAUGUAUUCACGAAGUUGGGGCAGUGACGUCAACUUUCCAUCAGAAGUUGAAAUUUGUGAAAAAUGGAAAACCAAAGCCAAAAACCAAGCAUAAGGUUGAUAUUGACACAGUGGAGAAGUUUCAGACUUUAAGGAAGCAGGAGCAGAAAUAUUUUGAUGACACGGUUCAACAAUGCAAGGAUGUGGGCGCAACCCUUGUUAUUUGCCAAUGGGGUUUUGAUGAUGAAGCAAAUCAUCUCUUGAUGCACAGGAACUUGCCAGCUGUUAGGUGGGUUGGUGGUGUUGAGUUGGAAUUGAUUGCCAUAGCAACAGGUGGAAGAACUGUUUCCAGGUUCCAGGAAUUAACUGCAGAAAAGUUAGGAAAGGCUGGUAUCGUCAGAGAGAAAGCAUUUGGAACAACUAAAGACCGGAUGCUGUACAUUGAGCACUGUGUUAAUUCAAGGGUUGUGACAAUAUUCAUUCAUGGAGGUAACAAAAUGAUCAUUGAAGAGACAAAGCGCAGUAUUCACGAUGCACUAUGUGUGGCCAGGAAUCUUAUUCGCAAUAACUCAAUUGUGUAUGGUGGUGGUUCGGCUGGGAUUGCAUGCUCUAUUGCUGUCGAAGCAGCUGCUGACAAAUAUCCUGGAGUAGAACAGUAUGCCAUUAGAGCCUUUGGGGAUGCUUUGGAAUCUAUCCCUAUGGCCCUUGCUAAAAAUAGUGGUCUCCAACCAAUCGAAACAUUAUCUGAUGUGAAGUCUCAACAAAUAAAGGAUAAUUAUCCUCACUUUGGCAUUGACUGCAAUGAUGUUGGCACAAACGACAUGAGGGAGCAAAACAUCCAUAAAGCAAUGCUAUCAAAUCUCAUUUGCAUAACACACUACUCCAGACCUGCUACAAAACAUAACCACAAUGGUCAACAAUACCUAUUGCAAGUCCACAUGUGCAUCACUUAG